UCGUGUAGAGAAGACAGCGAGAGAGAGAGAGAGAGAGAGGAGUGAAAGAGAGGAAGAGAGAGGAGAGAUAUAUUCCUCACGGUAGGACGGAGAAGAUUUGAGCAGCUGGGCUGUACUGACUGGACUGUGGAAGGCGGCUGAGUGGACGUAGCCCCAUGGCUCAGUCGGCGGCUAACAGCGUGGAGCAGGACCUGGCCAGCAAGAGGCUGCACUCGAGGAUGGAAGCCUCGUGUCUGGAGUUGGCCCUGGAGGGCGAGCGGCUGUGUAAGGCGGGAGACUUCAAAGGGGGCACGGCAUUCUUCGAGGCAGCAGUGCAGGUGGGCACGGAGGACCUGAAGACCUUGAGCGCCAUCUACAGCCAGCUGGGCAAUGCCUACUUCUACCUGAAGGAGUACGGCAAAGCGCUGGAGUACCACCGCCACGACCUCACCCUCGCCAGGACGAUAGGGGACCGGAUCGGCGAGGGCAAAGCCAGCGGCAACCUGGGCAACACGCUGAAGGUACUGGGGAGGUUUGACGAGGCGGCGGUGUGCUGCCAGAGGCAUCUGGACAUCUCCCAAGAACAGGGCGACAAGGUGGGGGAGGCGAGGGCGCUGUACAACAUUGGGAACGUGUUCCAUGCCAAGGGCAAGCAGCAACUGUGGGGAUGCUCGCUGGACCCUGGGGACCUGCCCCCCGACGUCAGGGACACCCUACAACGCGCCACCGCAUAUUACGAAAUGAACCUGUCUCUGGUCAAGGAGCUGGGGGACAGGGCCGCGCAGGGCCGCGCGUUCGGUAACCUCGGCAACACCCACUACCUGCUGGGGAACUUUGUGGAGGCCAUCAAGUUCCAUCGAGAGCGGCUUUCCAUUGCCAAAGAAUUCGGUGACAAAGCGGCAGAGAGGCGAGCUUACAGUAACCUAGGCAACGCUCUGAUUUUCCUCGGGCAGUUCAACACGGCCACAGAGUACUAUAGGUAAAACCAGGACCUGUCUGCCAGCUGAUGACCAAGGCAGGAUGAGGCUCAGGCCUGCUACAGUCUGGGCAACACUUACACACUGCUACAGCAGUACGAGAGAGCCAUCGACUACCACCUCAAACACCUCCUCAUCGCCCAGGAGCUCAACGACAGGGUUGGUGAGGGCCGUGCCUGCUGGAGUUUGGGCAACGCCUACGUGUCUUUAGCAAACCACCGGCAGGCUCUCCACUACGCCCGCAAACACCUGAACAUCUCCAGAGAGAUUGGAGACCGGAAUGGGGAGCUGACGGCUCGGAUGAACGUGGAACAGCUGCUGGAGGCCCUGGGAGUGAAGGAGGCUGACCUGUCGCCCUGCGGCUCCGAGUUCGAGAUGCAAGGAGCGAGACCCAAAUACUCCAAGAGGAACAGUCUGGACAGUGUUGACCUGUGGAAGUACUCUUCUGAAAAGAACGGAGAUGGCCAGGACAUGGACAGCAUCUCACGGAGGUCCAAGAGCCAGCUGUCACAGACCAGCGUGAGGAAGGGAUACGCUGACAGCCAGUCGUCGGACGAGAGGCAGUGGCUGGACUCGCCUGUGGACACCGACGACAUCACCGUACAGGUGUCCCCGCCGAAGCUGGCCCGUGACCCCUCCGAUGAGGCCUGCUUUUUCGACCUCCUCAGUAAGUUCCAGAGCAGCGCAUGGGCCGACCAGCUGCCCCUCGGCCCCGCACCCGAAACGCCCGGCGAAUCAUGCUCCCCUCUCAGCGCGGCGUAAGAUGGAGCUCCCCUCGGCGAAUCAUGCUCCCCUCUCAGCGAUCUGAUCGACCCCAGCCUCACCACGUCACCUCAGACAGAGGAGCUGUUUGACCUGAUCGCCAGCUCACAGAGCCGUCGUCUAGACGACCAGCGGGUGAGCGUCAGCAACUUGCCGGGCCUGAGGAUCACCCACAACAACCUGGGUCACCUCUGUGGGGAGGCCGACGUCCAGGGGCCGAGCGACGACUUCUUCAACAUGCUCAUCAAGUGCCAGUCCUCUAGGAUCGAUGACCAGCGCUGUUCGCCGCCAGACGGUGGACCCCACGCGCCCACGGUUCCUGACGAGGACUUCUUCAGCCUGAUCCAGCGUGUCCAGGCCAAGCGCAUGGACGAGCAGCGCGUCCAUCUGCCCUCGGACGAGCAGGAGGACGCAGAGGCCGACUCCGAGCCAGAGGCCGAGGCGCGCUCCGGAGACUCCAGCUAGACUUGCCAUUCUUCUUUCCCCUGCUCUCUCUUUCCAUGACCCAUCUCAGUAGAGAGGGGGUUGGUGGGUGGGGGUCUCUAACCCCUGACACCGAGAGGAGGAAGACGUGGGAGCGAGUGAGGAGGAAGAUGAGGGAGCAGAGAAGACUCUUCCUCCAGGCAUGUCUGAUACUAUCGAGGCUAACGGAGGAGUUAGCGAUGACCGGCCAUGGAGAAAACGAAGAGUGAAUGUGAAUACAGGAGGGCUGUGGUGUAGAGUACGUCGUGUGUGUGUGCGCGUGUUCGCGUGUGUGUGUGUGUGUGUGUGUGUGUGUGUGUGUGUGUGUGUGUGCGCGCGUGUGCAUGUGUGUAGGACUAAGAUGGUGUUAUAGACGUGUGGUCUGUGUCUUUAGCAGGGGUCUCUCUCACCGUUUGUGUGUGUUACACAGCCUUAAGUAAACAUACUGACUCUGAUUGUAACCUGUAGGUCAAGCUUCUCUGUAUUGUAUUUGCUCAUGUUGCCAUUGGUCAGUUGAAAGGACUUUUGAUGAGGCUGGCAGUAUUAUUCGUUGGAUUUUAGCAGUGUCCGUUCUGGAGAGGCUGUGAGGACAUUUUAGUCCCGCUUACUAUUAUGUUUCAGCAUUUCAGCAUAGCAGUGGACAUUUGUAGGGCUAUUUCAUUCCCACAUGUGUGCUGAUGGGCAUCAGUGCCAUUCAGAACAUUCAGAUUAAUAACUUUAUUGGGAGGGAAAACAUCAAUUAGCAUAUGAAUUUAGAUUAGCAAAAGCUGUGAAUAGAAUUUUCCACAUCAAAUGAAAUCAGCCACCUGGGAUGUAUGAAAAUGUCUGCUUUCUCAUUGGCCUGGCUAAAGACUUGUGCAAGACAUUAGCGGUAGAUCAGACUUAAUAGAGUCGUGCCAAUCCCACCACAAGUUCUCCGUGACAUGACUCCUGAUAGCCAGUGCUUUAUUUGAAUGGGACUAGAUCCCAAUUGAAUACAGGCUAGAUUUCUAGCAUUUUCUGACUGCAGCUAAUGCUAAUGCUAGCUUAGCUCUGAGCUCAAUCAGACACAGCAGUUGUUCAGGGACCUUCUUUCAGUGGUGCAGCCUACUGUAAAAGCUUUGGUGAGCUCACUGUUAGCUUGGCACAUACUGCAGAGCACACAGAACAGUCUGACCAUGGUUUGUGGUCUGUGUGUUAGGUCUACAGCAGGGGUGUCCAAACUACGGCCCGCGGGCCAACUGUGGCCGGCCACGCACUUUAAUCUGGCCCGUCGAGCAUUUAUUAGUUUAUCAUAGAUCCGGCCCGCCACGCACUUUAAUCCGGCCUGCCGUGCAUUUAAUUAAUCAGGUUAUCAUAGGCCGCUUGCUAUUUUUUUCCAGCAUACAACGUUGUGAUUAACUUUAGGCUACUGCAAACUUUAUGCUCUUCUUAGAGAGCAUUUACCAUGUCAAUGUCAAAACAGUUUGUUACAUCAAGAUACAUAGUAUCUCCACUGCAGCAGAUCUAACUACGUUAUGCUACUCCAUUUAAUUGGGAACGCAUUUGAGCAUGCACAAGAGGUAGAGACUGCGACAGGUUCCAGCUGGCUUGUUAUUGUUGAUAAUUGAUAUCUCCUUUUUAUAAGAAACGUUUAAAAGGAAAUCGCGAUGGCAACAGUAGUUCCCACUACUGACCAUUUAUAAACUGUGAGCCAUAGG